GACACUGCCUGAGAAGCACACACGCGCGCCGACGGCCGCGUCGGCCGGGUCGGACGCGACGGUACACGUACACUGGGCCUGGGACGGCGCGGCCGGAGGACAGUCGCGGAUGAUACUACGCGGAAUUUUGAGUCAACAUUUAAUAACAACAACGUCGUGGGACUUUUUACCUUUGCCCUGAUUUUAGCUAAGCCUGAUCGACAAGAUUUAUAAUUGACAAAGUUCAUCUGGCUCCAACUUUGAUCAGCAACCAACAUGUCUUCAAAAUCAGUAUUAAAGUUGGCCCUGGUGCAGAUGGCUGUAUCUGCAAACAAGAGUGAGAAUCUCAGUCGAGCUGUAAAGAUGAUUGGUGAGGCUGCCAAGGCUGGGGCUAAGAUUGUUACACUCCCUGAAUGUUUCAAUUGUCCAUAUGGCACCCAGUUCUUCGCGGACUAUGCAGAGAAAAUCCCAGGCAACUCAACCCAAACACUCGCUGAAGCUGCCAAAGAAAAUAAAAUAUUUGUGGUAGGAGGUUCCAUCCCUGAGGAAAGUGAGGAUGGUAAAGUCUAUAACACAUGCACCGUCUAUGACCCAUCAGGAACCUGCAUAGCUAAACAUAGAAAAAUCCAUCUGUUUGACAUUGAUGUACCUGGGGGUAUUACUUUCAAAGAAUCAGAUGUGCUUAGCCCAGGGUCGGACCUGACUACAUUCACUGCAGAAAAUGUAAAAGUUGGUGUUGGGAUCUGUUAUGAUAUGAGAUUUGCAGAGUUGGCUCAACUGUACUGCAAAAGAGGCUGCCACCUAUUGCUGUAUCCUGGAGCAUUCAAUAUGACGACAGGCCCCGCCCACUGGGAGCUCCUCCAACGAGCAAGGGCUCUUGACAAUGAACUCUAUGUCGCGACUGUUUCUCCAGCUAGAGACGAAAAGGCAAGCUAUGUGGCAUGGGGUCACAGUACAGCAGUUAACCCAUGGGGAGAGCCAAUAAGUAAAGCAGGAUCAGAGGAGGAGAUCGUCUAUGCUGACAUCGACAUUGCAGCUGUAGAGAAAAUGCGAACCCAGAUACCCAUAAUGCAUCAGAAAAGACCAGAUCUCUACGAAAUUAAGGAUAUGAGUGAGAAGUAAACUGGAAAUGUGGCAGUAUAGGAAAUAAUUUUUUUAAAGGUUUUUUUUGCCACAUUGGGGCAAUUACUGACUUUUCAUUUCUCGGGCUACUUCUUUGCUGAAAGAGCAAUUAUACUGUAAAAGCAUAUUUCAUUAUUAUGCUGUAUGUAGAUUAUUGAUUUUCUAAAUGUUCUUGAAUAUUGUUUGUGGCAGAUUUUGGGGCAACUUUAGAAGAGAUGGUCGCCCCAAAGCAUGGGCGUCAGCGCGGAGGAUUAUCCUUUGUUCAUGGGGGGGGGGGGGCAUCUAUUGUUGCAUCCCCCCCCAAUACAAAAUAUAAUCAUCCGUUCUGAUGCCCAAGCCCCUAAGUAUACAAUUUUGCAAAUUUUAGCACUCCCAUGUAUUGCCUGUACUGCAGUGCAGCCAUUUUAAUUGAGUGUGGGUGUACCACGACCAUGCGCUCAUGUCUCCAAUGAACAUGGAGCUAGUCAUUCAGUCAUGCACAUACCAAAUCAACUAAUGGCCUUGUGUGUUUUUUAAAUAUAAUCUUGAACCGAAUUUAGCUAUAAAAGCCGGAGUAAUAAUAUAUAGCAGUACAAAGAAGCAAUUUUAAAAAACAUUUAUGCGAUAUAUAAGUGCAUAUCAUUGUUAUUCGUUCUUAACCUUAUGAAAUAUAUUGUGUAGUAUUGGGAUGGAGGUGGUGCAUUGGAAAUCUUAUUACUUUGUCAAGUAUAAUGAAAAUUACUUCAGAUUUUCAUGUUAGAUUAUAAAUUACAUGAAACACAAGUAACAUUCACUGGAGCAAAAUUGGUUCAGAAUUGACUGAAAUAUGUAAAAUAUAAACAUUGAGUCUUGUAUGUGAGUCUCAUACAUAGUAACUCUUGUGAAGAACCAACAUUUCCCUUACUGUGAAUAAGGGGUAUAUACAGGUACUGGGGAGCUCCUGCAAAAAUUACCAGUCAUUUUUUUUAACCAGUCAUGGGGGGGGGGGAGAGGAAUGACAGAUAACCUAAGGUUUGCCAAUGUGUUGGUUUAUGAAUAAAUGACUUGUAUGUCAUAUAACUUGGCAAAUAAUUCUGCCAUGAAAAUCGUCAAACUUGAGUUAUAGAGUUAUAUAACACUUGGGGUAUCUUUACAUUAUGGCGCUGUCAUAAGUCACAUGAUAAGGUCAUAGGUCAUUUGAGGCCAUACUUUUGUUUCAAAUUGACCUCCAAGACCUCUGUUACACCGGAUUUCCAAAGUAGUCUCGGGGCACCCAUAGACCAGUCUCAGGCAGGUUUCCAAUCCGGUGUUAACGCACAAACCUACCCGAGACCCCUUCUGAGGAAACCUAUCUCGGACCAUCUCGCGAUGUGUUCCGAGACCGGUCUUAGGGUGCCCCGAGACUGCUUUGGAUUCGGGGUAAACGCAAACCUGCCUGAGACUGGUCCGAGACAGGUUCGCUACAUUUGGAACGAUUAUACAAAUACAGUGCGCGCUUGCGCCCUGCUAAACCUAUCUCGAACAGCUUUGGUACUUCGGUGUAAACGCUCAGAAAACUGUCUCGGGCCGCCCCGAGACUCAUUACGAUUGCGUUGUAAUAGGGGGUCAAAAAUUAAGGUCAAGAUUUUGGAAACCAGUCUCGGGGUGCCCCGAGACUGGUCUCGGGUAGGAAAUCUGGUGUAACAGGGGUCCAAGACUCCCCAACAUGUAUGACAUAAAACUACUGUUAGUUUUAGUUCUCUUUUUUUUUAGUGAUAAUAUUCUUGUUUCGUCAUGUCUUUCAUGUUUCAAGUAUUGAAAUUGAAAAUGAGCUCAGAAAUGAGAACUUGUAACACUUAAGAGAACUCAAUAGAAUUUAUCAUCAAUACUAUAUUAUGUUAUUCAUACCUAAAAUCCCUGUUCUACUAUAUUAAUUGAACAUGUAUAGAUAUUAUCAAAACUAAAAAAAAUAAUGUAUUGUUAUUCUUUUAUGAAGUAUGCAGGCUUUAAUAAUAAACAAUAACUGAGCAUUGGAAAAAAUGAAAUCUUUAUGAUAAAAUACCAUUUGCCCAAAGGCCUGCUUCCAUUUUGCUUAGUUAAUUUUCAUACCUGUAUUUGUAUAACAAAGCAGGUGUUUAUUUAUCUUCAACCAUAUUAUAACUGCGUGAUUUCUGACCAGGUUUUUUCCAGGUGGGGGGUCAAAGGUAAAUUACCAAUUCAUCUACUGCCAACACGUCCACUCAUCACAUGGUCUACCUUCAUUUAGUCUAAUGCCAUUACGUCCAUCAACAUUUCGUCUAACAACCAUUUGCUCCAAUCAUCACUUUGACUAAUCACCAUUUCGUCUAUGACCAUUUCUUCUCAUAACCAGUUGGUCUAAUAUCCAUUUCAUUUUCAUCCAUUUUGCACAAUAAACACUUAGACUAAUCAGACCAAGUGGUAUAUGGACUAAAAGGCUAGUGGACCAACUGGUUAUUAGACAAAAUGGUGACUGGACGAAAUGGCAGUUAGACCAUGUGGAUAGUGGACGAACUGAUGGUAGACCAAAUGAUAGUAGACGAGUUGGUAAUUGGAUGAAUUGGAAUUGGACCAAUUGAAAAUAAACCAGGUCAAUUUGAGCCCCCCCCCCCCUCAGAACUUGGCUGCCAAUUACACAAUCACCGCAAAAAAAAUGCAUGUGCAUAGAGCAGACCUUUUUUUUUUUACUAAAUCGUAAUUUAUUGAGAAAAAUAAUCUCUAUAUAUCUCUAUUUCAUAAAACGUACACAAAUAUGGUUGUUAGAUCAAUGUAAUUUCAGGUAACUUGUUUUUUUUUUCAAUCAUUUUGUUAAAACCAGGGUGAAGAUAUACACAUGUUUUAAUGUUUUUUUUUUCAUCUGCAAGAGCAGUGUGCACUUAAGCUUGCAUGCAGCUUGAGCGCCGCGAUGAGCGAGUGCGCCAAGCAUUUUAUUAUGAAAUACACUUUUUUGGGGAAAAAUACAGUUUUUCAUUCCCAGAGGUUGGCAGGUCUGCAUAUUUAUCUCACAUGGUAAAAAUACUGAUUUUUUUGUCAAAAUACUGAUUUUGGGGGAUAAGAAUCCUGAAAAUGCAAAAUACAACUUGGCAGCUCUGAUAGAGCCUGAUGUAAACUACAAGACUGUCAUAUCAACAUCUUCAAGGAAUGCUUUUGCAUGUUCUGGGCCCCUGAUUCAUAAAGAGUUAAAACAUUGUAUCAAAAUUAGCAAUUAUGGCAGCUACCAAGGUAACCAAUCUCAGCAGCCAAUCACAAUCAAGGUUUCCAUGGUAGUUACUAUAUUAGUCUCUAUGAAACGGGUCCCAGAUCUGAAAAAUUACAUCCUCUAAAGUUGAUUGACUUUGUAAAGUUCGACUUGAGGAGAUUUACCUGUAUGCUUGUGCCUGCUUUCUGUUUUGUAAACAAAUAACCUGUGCAAUGAAAUGUAACAUUACUCUUUAUUAAGUAACACAACAUUUGCUCCUGCGACAAUUGCUUCGGGCUAUAUUUCAUCUAAGUUAGGGUUAGGUUUAGGGUUACGAUUCAAUAGGGUUUUAUGUUUGGUUUAGGGUAUGUUGUAGUGUUAAAGCCUGGUGUGAACUUAGUCUUUGAUUAGUAUGUGGAAUUCAUUGCGGAGCAAUUGACGCUGGAGCAAAUGUGAUGUAAUACUUUUUGUAAUCAUUUUAUGAUUGUUGCACAGCUCUUCCGAAGAGUUUGUGCUUGUGAUGUCCGUAUGAUGAAACAAAGGCUGUAUUGAUAAUCAGUUUUGGAAAUUUAAUAAAAUUAUAUUUUCAAA